AUGAGCAAAAGAACGACGACUCAUUACUUAAACACCAAAACGCCCAAAGUCCACCCGUUUAUCUCCAUCCUCCGCACCCCAAAACGGAACCCGAAUAACUCUUUCGUUUCUCCGAUCUCGUUUCCAGUAAUGGGGUCGACGACGACUAGGAGACCAAAGAAUUUUCCGGCAAGAAGAGUUAUAAGAAGAUCAAUAUCUUCACACCAAAGAAGAUCUAGAUCUCUUCAUUAUAAAUCAAUAACGACGUCGUCGCCUUCUUCUGUUUCCAACAAGCUCCAAGCCUUGAAGCACCUUAUACCUGCUCAAGAACUCGAAAGCGACGCUGCAAUUGGUUCAACAGACAAGUUGUUCCAGGAAACCGCUGAUUACAUUCUUCUCCUACGAACUCGAGUCUCCAUCUUGCAAAAACUGGUUGAUUUUUACUGCUCAUCUUCUCAAAAUUAA